AUGUGUGGUAUCACCCUUGUCCCCUCCAGUGACCGCCUCGUCAUCGUUUCCUGUGCCACUGCAACUGCCGCUGCAUCGGAGAUCCAGCACUCCUGCGAGAGGAAGGGCCUGUCAGAUGAGCUGAAGGAGGCCCUGCGCUGGCGAGGCCCUGAUAGUCUAGGCUACGAAAGUCGCCGCCUUCUCGCUGAUGGCAUGGUUCUUGGUGAGUGGUUGUCGUGCGUUGCAGUUAGUGAUGGCUGCAAUGAUGGAGUUGAGGGUAAAGGCAGUGUGAGUGACUCCGGUGUCGCUGAUUUGUUCUUCAUCGGGGCAACACUGCAUCUUAUGGGAGCUAAGCUGGUUUCACAGCCACUGGUGGCCCCCACUGGAAGUGUCCUUGUGUAUAAUGGUGAGAUAUAUGGAGGAAUUCAGGUUGCAGAUGAUGAGAACGAUACCCAAGCUCUUUUUACCUCUCUGGAAUCUUGUUGUUCAUGUGAUUGCCAUGCUCUUGGUAGAGAUAAAACAUGUCCUUGUUGUGGGUGUGGUGCCAAAUCAGUUUUGCAACUCCUUUCCACAAUCAAAGGUCCAUGGGCUUUGAUAUACUGGCAGAUGAAGACAAAUACGAUUUGGUUUGGCCGGGAUGCAUUUGGAAGAAGAAGCCUCUUAGUACAUUGGCCCACAGCUGAUGAUUCUCGCUUCAUAUUAUCAUCAGUAUCACCCCCUUCACUUGCAAAGAAUCACUCUGAUCCAACAGUAAAUGAUUUUGUGUCAGAUCGUGACAUGUCUAACCAUACUGGAGCUAGCUACUGGGAAGAGCUUCCUUGUGGGAUAUACAGCAUCCAUAUGAAAGACAUUGGAAAAUAUGGUGCACGCAUGAAGGAAAGAGGGAACCAUCAGUUGUCUCAGAGCUUCAUAAGCUCAAGAGAAGCUGAAGAAAAUGCGAAUAAUGGGAUUACAAAGGCAGAUCUCCUGUCAGAUUCUAGUUUAUGUGAAGCAAAUUGCAUAACACAGUCAGCACAUAGAGUAUUGGUUGCAUUAAGGGAAUCUGUAAUGCUGCGGACUAAAAUGAACACACUCUUUCAGCUUGCCCCUGAUAGGAUUUCUGCAAUAGCAGGACUGAAGGAGCUUCAGAGGAUAUCUCCGUGCCGGAGAUGGCGUCUUAUUGAGAUUGACACUGCUUUGACAGACUUGAAAGGGGAAAGUGAACAUGAUUUGAACAUUGGUAUUGCUCUCUGGUUGGCUGCUGGUGGGGAUGGUUGGGUGGAUGGAAGUACAUGUCGUAUGCAAGACGGUGCUCGCUAUAAGUACAGGUCAAGAUCUAGAGUCCUUAUAGUGGGUUCUGGGGCUGAUGAGCAGUGUGCUGGUUAUGGUAGACAUCGGACUAAAUAUAGGCUUGGAGGGUGGAACGCAUUGGAUCAGGAGAUGAGACUAGAUGUGCAGAGAAUAUGGAAAAGGAAUAUGGGAAGAGAUGAUAGGUGCAUAUCUGAUCAUGGCAAGGAGGCCCGUUUCCCUUUUCUUUAUGAGAACGUGAUAAAAACUUUGUUGGAAAUUCCAUUAUGGGAAAUUGCUAAACUUGAUGAACCUGUUGGAAAGGGUGACAAGAAGAUAUUGAGAGAGGUUGCAAGGCUGCUGGGCCUACAAGAAGCCGCUCUUCAGCCGAAGCGUGCGAUCCAGUUUGGAUCAAGGAUAGCGAGGGAGUCGAACCGGCAGAACUUCGGCAGCAACAGAGCCGCGAACCAGGCAUCAGCAGGCAGCGUGCAGAUUCACCAGCAUAUGCAAUGA